AUGCCCAUCUCCAACCUCCCGCAGCUGACGCGCUUCAUCACGGGCCACAACGCGGAGGGCAAGGCGGUGGUGCACUCGCACGGGCCGUUCACCUGGGCGUCGUACGCCGACAACAACCUCGCGUUCGCGGUGCCGUACACGACGUCGACGUUCCCGCCGGACCUGAACGACGACGCGGACCUGGCGGCGCACGAGCGCGUCGUCGCGACCGGCCGCCUCGGCCUGGUCAACCCGCGCGGCACGGUGCUGCGGUGCGUCGACUUCGCCCCCGGCUACGCCUGCGGCAUGCACCGCACCCAGAGCCUCGACUACGGCAUCGUCCUCGAGGGCAGCGUCGACAUGGUGCUCGACAGCGGCGAGCGGUGCACGCUCAAGCGCGGCGACGUCGCCGUCCAGCGCGCCACCCAGCACCAGUGGGUCAACCGCAGCCAGACCGAGUGGGCCCGCAUGAUGUUUGUGCUGCAGGACUGUCGGCCGCUGGUGGUCGGCGGCGUGGAGAUGGGCGAGGAUCUGGGGACGAACAGCGGUUUGCCGCCGAGUGGGAACUGA